UUAGAUCGCAGAACGUCGACGAACGCGACAGGUUCAUUAACAAUUUAUAGAUGAAAAAUAAAAUGGAAAAAAAGAAAAUAUUUAUUCCUUUUCUAUAUCUUAUAUCUAUAGUAUUUUUACCCUGGUGGAUCUCUUUAUCAUUUCAAAAAAGUCUGGAAUCUUGGGUUACUAAUUGGUGGAAUACUAAGCAAUCAGAAACUUUUUUGAACGAUAUUCAAGAAAAUAAUCUUCUAGAAAAAUUCAUCGAAUUAGAGGAGCUCCACUUGUUGGACGAAAUGAUAAAGGAAUACCCGGAAACACAUCUACAAAAGCUUCGUAUAGGAAUUCACAAUGAAACUAUUCAAUUGAUCAAAAUGCACAAUGCGGAUUGUAUCCACAUGAUUUUGCACUUCUCGACAAAUUUAAUCUGUUUCCUUAUUCUAAGCGGUUAUUCUAUUCUGGGAAAUAAAGAACUUAUUCUUCUUAACUCUUGGGUUCAGGAAUUCCUAUAUAACUUAAGCGACACAAUAAAAGCCUUUUCGAUUCUUUUAUUAACUGAUUUAUGUAUCGGAUUUCAUUCGCCCCAUGGUUGGGAACUAAUGAUUGGCUCUAUCUACAAAGAUUUUGGAUUUGCCCAUAAUGAUCAAAUUAUAUCUAGUCUUGUUUCUACGUUUCCAGUUAUUCUAGAUACAAUCUUGAAAUAUUGGAUUUUCCGUUAUUUAAAUCGUGUAUCCCCAAUCAAUAAUUGGACCAUGCAAACUAUAAAUACCUUUUCUUGGAUAAAAGAACAGAUUACUCGAUCCAUUUGCAUAUCGCUCGUGUUAUAUAUAAUAACUCGAUCCUCCAUUUCGAAUGCAUAUCCCAUUUUCGCACAGCAAGGUUAUGAAAAUCCACGAGAAGCAACUGGACGUAUUGUAUGUGCCAAUUGCCAUUUAGCUAAUAAGCCCGUGGAUAUUGAAGUUCCACAAGCGGUCCUUCCAGAUACUGUAUUUGAAGCGGUUGUUCGAAUUCCUUAUGAUAUGCAAUUAAAACAAGUUCUUGCUAACGGCAAAAAGGGGGGGUUGAAUGUGGGGGCUGUUCUUAUUUUACCUGAGGGAUUUGAAUUAGCCCCACCCAAUCGUAUUUCUCCAGAGAUGAAAGAAAAGAUAGGCAAUCUUUCUUUUCAGAGCUAUCGCCCCAAUAAACAAAAUAUUCUUGUAAUAGGUCCCGUUCCUGGGAAAAAAUAUAGUGAAAUUACCUUUCCUAUUCUUUCCCCGGAUCCUGCCACUAAGAAAGAUGUUCACUUCUUAAAAUAUCCCAUAUAUGUAGGUGGUAACAGAGGAAGGGGCCAGAUUUAUCCUGACGGAAGCAAGAGUAAUAAUACAGUUUAUAAUGCCACAGCAGCAGGUAUAGUAAAGAAAAUUGUACGAAAAGAAAAGGGCGGAUACGAAAUAAGCAUAGCGGAUGCCUCGGAUGGACGUGAAGUGGUUGAUAUUAUCCCUCCAGGACCAGAGCUUCUUGUUUCAGAGGGUGAAUCUAUCAAACUUGAUCAACCAUUAACAAGUAAUCCUAAUGUGGGUGGAUUUGGUCAGGGAGACGCCGAAAUAGUACUUCAAGACCCACUGCGCGUACAAGGUCUUUUGUUCUUCUUUGCAUCUGUUAUUUUGGCACAAAUCUUUUUGGUUCUUAAAAAGAAACAGUUCGAGAAGGUUCAAUUGUCCGAAAUGAAUUUCUAGAUUCGUGGAUUUAUCAAUAUCAAACUUGUAACAAGAACAAAAUUAACAAUUAUUUGACAAUAUUGGACGAUCAAUAAAUAAAAAAAUUAUGAGAAGGUUCUUUUUGUUUGUUUAUACUUUUCUUCUACAUCUACCAGAAGUUUGGAAUUACUUGAUACUAGAUUAUUACUUUUAAUAUAUAGAAGAUUGCGAAGACGACUAUUCUACUUUUUCACCUUUUCCAAUCGAAAUUUGGAUAUUAUCAUAUGAUAUUUUGGGUAUUUCAAUAUCAUAAAGUGUAUCAAAAGUCUUCUAUUUGAGAAUCAAAUUCGGCUGGAUACUAGACUAAGCGGGGAAUAUAACGAAAAGAAAAAUGAGGGGAACAAAUGAUUCUAGAUAGGAUUCUUUGCCUUCCCGGUCUUCGACACACGACAAGGAAUUUUACAAUACUUGUCGUGUGUCGAAAGAAACGUUAAUGAGUCUUGAUUCCCUUUGUCUUAGUCGGAAUUUUUAGUCUUUCGCGAGAUUGAACUCUUUUUCUUAUUAUUACACGUAACACGUAUUAAGGAGUGGACAAACUGAAAAAGUGAGAGGGAAAUAUAUUGAACAAAUGGAACUUCUUGCAUUCUAUUUAAUCUAGAAAAAUCUAGAUUCUAUUGUAUCAUUCAGUAAAUCAAAUGAUUUCUUUUUUCUAACAAUUUAGGAACGAUCAAUAAGUACUGUGGAGGAAUAUAUGUUCGAAAUGACUAAAUAAAUUUUCCAAAAAUAUUGAAAGGGGGCUCUUUUUUUCAUUUAUACGAAAAAUUUUGACUAAAAAGUUAUGAUAAUUAAAAAAAAGAAUUUAAUGGGACCUCCCCCUUCUUUGUUUGUCUAAUUCGAGGGGAAAAGGAAGGUCCCGUUAAGUUCUUAUACUUUCAUAUCUAUGCCUCGGUUCAUGCAAUUACUACAGCGAUGAGCCUAAUCCAGAAUAUGAACCAUAAAAGAAAAUACCUAGUAAACCGAUCACAACAAUACCAGCUACAGUACCUAUUAUCCAAAGAGGAAUCCUUCCAGUAGUAUCGGCCAUUUACCCCACUUCCCU